ACCUUCUUGCCUUUCUUUCCAACUUACUUUCUUCUAGCAUGUCGUCGCCUUAUCCAUACGGUCAAUACCCACCACCGCCUAAUCCGUACUUUCAGCAAGGUGGAUACCCGUACAGCCCACAAGGAUACUAUCAACCAGCUCCUCCUCCACAAGUCAUUUACGCACAACCACCGCAAUAUCAAUAUCAGAGCGAUAAUACCUGCUGUUGGGCAUGUUUGGCUGCCUGCUGUUUCUGCUGCGCAGUUGAGGAGUUUUGCAACUAACAGGAACCAUUUGUUUUUUCUUUGAAACCCGUGUACGGCAUAAUUUCAUUGUUCAACGCAUCCCGCCACCAAAUUAAACGCUACAAGGGCAGAAGAGUGUGAUAUUCCUUGGUCAUUUUUGUUAUUUCUCUUGGUCACAAGCGAUUAUUCACAAGUAUGAUCAUAUUACGCAUGCUUGAAAAAAAAAAAAUGUGAUCGUUUUGG